AUGCGUUUCUCUAUCGCUGCUCUCGCUGCCGCUGCCGUUGGCGCUGUCGCCUCCGGUAUCACCACUGAGGUUGUCACUGCCUACACCACCUACUGCCCCGAGGCCACCUCCGUUGUGCACAACAGCCAGACCUACAGCAUCUCCACCCCCGGGCACAUCACCAUGACCAACGGUCCCUUCACCGUCACCCGUCCCCUCGUGACCUCGACCACAUACAAACAAAUCAAUUCUAACACAUCCCAGCUCCUCUUCCACCCCCUGGUCGGCAGCAGCAGCGUCCCCGUCAUCCCCAGCGUCGCCACCUCCACCCCUCUGGUCCCCAACGCCGGUGCCACCGGUACCCCCGGCUCCUCCGCCGGUUCCUCCGCUGGCAGCCCCUCUCCCUCCCAGCCCGCCUUCAACGCCGGUGCCAUCAACGCCGCUACCGGCGCUGGUGCCGGUCUGGCUGCCGUCUUCGGUGCCGUGGCCCUCCUGCUGUAA